AUGAGCUGGUUAUUAGGUGAGAUCAAGCAGUUUGCCUCAGAGUCAAGUGAUUUGCUGAUUGAUGUGCUGUUGGAGGAUGGGUUUCUGGUUCCUACUGUUGAACAACUGGACGCAUUAGGCUGUGACACAUCUGUCAACACCAGUUCCACUGAACCCAAACUUCCUCAAACCUUCCUGCGUUUUUGGCUGCCCCUCCUGAAGUUGCUCAACUCACCAUUGUUUAUUCAUCACCUUCUGGAGAAGCUCUUUGUUGAGCUGAAGCUGCUCACCAAAGACACAAAUAAUCACAGGGCUUUCUACCUUUCUGCUUGGAUUUCAGAAGUCAUCCUCUGUAACAACAACAAAUUUGAAUACCAUUUUGAAACAAAAGCACAGAAGAAAGCUAGAAUGAAAGGCAGGAUUUUUGUAAACCGCAUCCAGCUGAGGUGGCAGCAGCUACUGUCAGCAUGCCUGGAUGCUCCCUGUGUCACCACGCCUCACUUGCUCCAGUUAAUCCUGAAUGACAUGGAGCAUCCUCUCCCUGGUGAAACCCAACAGAAACUGCUCCAGCUCUGCUCCAUCUACACUCAGACCUCACACUCUGUCUCUGGACCUUCUCAGGAGCAAAAUCAACAGCCCAUAUAUACGCUGGAGAGUUUGCUUGAGAAGCGGAAGCAUUCACCGUGCCACAGCCAUCAUUGGCACUCCACAGCUGACCAAGAGAGGAGCAAGUCCUCCCAGGAUUACAACUGGGCAGAUGUUCAGGCUGAAAAAGCUCAGCAGCUCAAAGGUUCUCCAUGGCAGGUGUGUGCUGAUAAAGUU